UCACAGAAUUAUAGGCAAUUUUAAUUUUUAGUCUUUAUCCUUCCCUCCCCUAAAAAUAUCCUAAUUCCAAUUUACAGCUUUGCCAUUCUUUAAUAUCAUCAAUUAAGUCUCUCUCAAUCUUCAUUUCGCUCUCUCUCGAAGGUUUUUCAGAUCCAACCUCCAAAUCCGACUUGACGCUAAAUUAGAAGAAGGAAAAAAAAGAAAUAGUGAUUUGUUUUAUUUUUCAUUUUACAGCAAAAUCGAAAAAUGGGGCAGAUUCAAUACUCCGAGAAAUACUUCGAUGAUACUUAUGAGUACAGGCAUGUUGUUCUCCCCCCUGAAGUGGCCAAACUUCUCCCCAAGAAUCGCCUACUCUCUGAAAAUGAAUGGCGUGCAAUCGGAGUACAGCAGAGUCGUGGCUGGGUCCAUUAUGCAAUCCAUCGCCCUGAACCACACAUCAUGCUCUUCAGGAGGCCUCUCAACUAUCAGCAGCAGCAGGAGAAUCAGGCCCAACAAAGUAUGCUUUCUAAGUAAUUACAUCAGUAUUUAGCAUCCAAAACAAAAAGGGUGAAACCAAAGCUACAUUGUUAGUGUUUAUCCUCUUCCUAAACAGUUUGGGUGUUGUGGAUUCCUGGAUUGUUUUGUGUUUUAGUUCUCCACUUUGGAGAAUUCCAUGUCAGGAUCGCUUUCUUACUUUCUUUAUCUGACUACCUAGUGUCAUUAGUACUCCGCAUCUUAAAUUGUUUAAAUAGCAAUGGAUGAAUAAUUUUUUUCUUAAA